GGUGUUUGUGUCGGCGCGACCAGUCUCACCAGACUCGCCCAACACUAGACGUUCAUCAGUUUGAAUCAAAAUGUUGGAUCCAUCAUCAAGCGAGGAGGAAACAGAUGAGAUAGUGGAAGAGGAGCGUAAAGUAGUGGCAGCUCCUAAGGCUGGCGCCCGUGUCUCCCCAAGUCGGACCAGUGAGGGCUCUGGUGGCUUACAACCCAGUCGGAGUAGUAAUGUCCGUCCGUCAAGUCCGAGCCCUUCGGUGGCGAGUGAGAAGGAGAAGGAGGACUUGGAAAAGAUGCAAAGAGAAGAGGAAGAGCGAAAGAAGAGACUACAGCUCUAUGUCUUUGUCAUGCGCUGCAUCGCUUACCCUUUCAACGCUAAACAACCAACCGACAUGGCGAGACGACAACAAAAGAUCAGCAAGAUGCAGCUGCAAACAGUCAAGGAACGUUUCCAGUCCUUUCUCAGCGGAGACACACAGAUUGUGGCCGAUGAGGCGUUCAUCAAUGCCGUCCAGAGCUACUAUGAGGUGUUCCUGAAGAGCGACCGCGUGUGCCGCAUGGUGCAGAGCGGCGGCUGCUCGGCCAACGACUCGCGCGAGGUCUUCAAGAAGCACAUCGAGAAGCGCGUGCGCAGCCUCCCGGAGAUCGACGGCCUGAGCAAGGAGACGGUGCUCAGCUCGUGGAUGGCCAAGUUCGACACCAUCCACCGGGGCGAGGAGGACCCGCGCAAGCACCAGCAGCGCCUGACGGCCAGCGCCGCCUCCGAGCUCAUCCUCAGCAAGGACCAGCUCUACGAGAUGUUCCAGGGCAUCCUCGGCAUCAAGAAGUUCGAGCACCAGCUGCUCUACAACGCCUGUCAGCUCGACAAUCCAGAUGAGCAGGCGGCCCAGAUCAGGAGAGAACUGGACGGACGGCUGCAGAUGGCCGAUCAGAUCGCCAGGGGUGGCAAGUUUCCCCGGUUCGUGUCGAAGGAGAUGGAGGCCAUGUACAUUGAGGAGCUCAAGUCGUCUGUGAACCUGCUGAUGGCCAACCUGGAGAGCAUGCCCGUGUCCAAGGGAGGGGAGUUCAAGCAGAAGCUCAAGAGAGGAUACAACACCUCCAUCAUAGACAUGGGCCAGGAGGACGAGAACCAGCUCUCCAAGUCCGACGUGGUGCUCUCUUUUACCCUGGAGGUGGUGAUUAUGGAGGUGCAGGGUCUCAAGUCCCUGGCGCCCAACCGGAUCGUCUACUGCACCAUGGAGGUGGAGGGAGGCCAGAAGCUCCAGACCGACCAGGCUGAAGCCUCCAAGCCAACCUGGGGGACGCAGGGAGACUUCACCACCACACACCCACUCCCGGCCGUCAAGGUGAAGCUGUUCACCGAGAGCACCGGUGUGUUGGCUCUGGAGGACAAGGAGCUGGGCCGGGUGGUCCUGCACCCAACACCCAACAGCCCCAAGCAGGCGGAGUUGCACAAAAUGACCGUGUCCAAAGGCUGCCCGGAUAGUGACCUCAAGAUCAAACUGGCUGUUCGCAUGGAUAAACCUCAGAACAUGAAGCACUGUGGGUAUUUGUGGACCAUUGGGAAGAAUGUGUGGAAGAGGUGGAAGAAGAGGUUCUUCGUCCUGGUGCAGGUGAGCCAGUACACGUUCGCCAUGUGCAGCUACCGGGAGAAGAAGGCGGAGCCUGUUGAGCUGUUGCAGCUGGACGGAUACACUGUGGACUACACCGACCCUCAACCAGGCCUGGACGGUGGCCGGACCUUCUUUAAUGCUGUGAAGGAGGGCGACACUGUGAUCUUUGCCAGCGAUGACGAACAGGACCGCAUCCUGUGGGUCCAGGCCAUGUACCGGGCCACAGGCCAGUCUCACAAGCCCGUGCCGCCCACGCAGGUCCAAAAGCUCAACUCCAAAGGGGGCACGGCGCCCCAGCUGGACGCGCCCAUAUCGCAGUUCUCCGGACCGAGGGACGCAGACCGGGCACAGAAGCACGGCAUGGACGAGUUCAUCUCGGCCAACCCCUGCAGCUUCGACCACUCCUCGCUCUUCGAGAUGCUUCAGCGCCUCACCCUGGACCACAGGCUCAACGACUCCUACUCCUGCCUGGGCUGGUUUAGUCCAGGUCAGGUGUUUGUGCUGGACGAGUACUGUGCGCGGAACGGCGUGCGCGGCUGCCACCGGCACCUGUGCUACCUGCGGGACCUGCUGGAGCGGGCGGAGAACGGUGCCAUGAUCGACCCCACCCUGCUGCACUACAGCUUCGCCUUCUGCGCCUCGCACGUCCACGGGAACAGGCCAGAUGGGAUCGGAACCGUGUCGGUGGACGAGAAGGAGCGCUUUGAGGGCAUCAAGGAGAGGCUGCGUGUUCUCCUGGAGAACCAGAUUACCCACUUCAGGUACUGCUUCCCAUUUGGAAGACCGGAGGGAGCAUUGAAGGCGACUCUGUCUCUGUUAGAGAGGGUCCUGAUGAAAGAUAUCGUAACCCCUGUGCCUCAGGAGGAGGUGAAAAAUGUCAUCCGAAAAUGUCUGGAGCAGGCCGCCUUAGUGAACUAUCAACGACUCUCUGAGUAUGCCAAAGUAGAAGUAGACAAAAAUCAGAAGGAUCACAAGGAUCCAGAGAAUGUAGGCCGGUUAGUCACUCCUGCCAAAAAGCUGGAGGACACCAUUCGUCUGGCAGAGCUGGUGAUAGAGGUCCUGCAACAGAACGAGGAGCACCACGCUGAGGCCUUUGCGUGGUGGUCGGACCUGAUGGUGGAGCACGCCGAGACCUUCCUGUCGCUGUACGCCGUGGACAUGGACGCGGCGCUGGAGGUGCAGCCCCCGGACAGCUGGGACAGCUUCCCCCUCUUCCAGCUGCUCAACGACUUCCUGCGCGUGGACUAUAACCUUUGCAAUGGAAAGUUCCACAAGCACCUGCAGGACCUGUAUGCCCCCUUGGUGGUGCGCUACGUGGACCUGAUGGAGUCCUCCAUCGCCCAGUCCAUCCACAGGGGCUUUGAGAGGGAGUCAUGGGAGCCAGUCAAGAGUCUAACCAGUAAUCUGCCCAAUGUCAACCUUCCCAAAGUACCAAACCUAACAGUGCCAGUUAACCUGCCUAGCUUUUCCACUUCGACAUGGAUGACAGCCCUAUCAGACACAGACAAUGGUUCGGGGACGUCGGAGGACCUCUUCUGGAAGCUGGACGCCCUGCAGACCUUCAUACGGGACCUGCACUGGCCAGAGGAGGAGUUCGGCAAGCACCUGGAGACCCGGCUCAAGCUGAUGUCCAGCGACAUGAUCGAGUCGUGCGUCAAACGAACGCGGGCCGCCUUCGAGGCGAAGCUCCAGAGGAGCAGCCGGACAACAGAUUUCCGCGUGCCGCAGUCAAUAUGCACCAUGUUCAACGUGAUGGUGGACGCCAGGGCCCAGUCGGCCAAGCUGUGUGCCAUGGAGCUGGGCCAGGAGCGGCAGUACCACUCUCAAAUCGACAAUCUCAUUGAGGAGACGGUGAAGGAGAUGAUCACCCUGCUGGUUGCAAAGUUUGUGGUCAUUCUCGAGAGUGUCCUGGCCAAGUUGUCCCGCUACGACGAGGGAACGCUCUUCUCUUCCUUCCUGUCUUUCACAGUGAAAGCAGCCUCAAAAUAUGUGGAUGUGCCUAAGCCGGGGAUGGACGUGGCCGACAGCUACGUCACCUUCGUCCGGCACUCCCAGGACAUGCUGCGGGAUAAGGUCAAUGAGGAGAUGUAUAUAGAAAGGUUAUUUGACCAAUGGUAUAGCAGCACUAUGAAUCUCCUGGGCACCUGGCUAACAGACCGCAUGGAUCUCCAGCUUCACCUGUACCAGCUCAAGAUCCUCAUACGUAUCGUCAAGAAAAAGUACAGGGACUUCCGGCUGCAGGGCGUGCUGGACUCCACUCUCAACAGCAAGAUGUACGACACGGUCCGCCACCGGCUCAUCCUGGAGGAGGCCACUGCGUCGGUGCGGGAGGGAGGGAUGCAGGGCAUAUCGAUGAAGGACAGCGACGAAGAGGACUGAAACAAUAUGGCCGCCGAUGCUGUUUCCCCAUCCACCUCCUCAGUCCACCACCACAAUGCAUGUUAUGACCACUAAGCCACCUUUUUUUAAACACACACUUGGUUCUCAUUUCAGUCAGGUCUUCAGUGCCCUACGAGGGACCAGAAAAAAAAGAGCCAUCAAGCUAAAAAAAAAAAAAAGGAAAAAAAUACAAAAACAGAUUAGAUUUAAUAGCUAUUGUAAUGAUCAAAUUGAAAAUGAAAAUAACGUCGGUGUUGUACGAUAAACAAUAGAAAAUGUCAAAAUUUCACCCUUCAAUGUCUGAGCAAUAUGGAGUACCAUUUAUGUAUGUCGAGUGAGAUUAUUAGGAUAAUAAAAAUGCUUGGUGUGUCCCUUUCAAGUGCAGAUCUCUAUGACGCUCUAGUCUUCACUGUAAAUACAUGAAUGGUAUCCAGUUGUGCAUAGGCCUCUUGACGGCUCCAUGUCCAGUAUGUCUGAAUGUAUGCCUAAAUGCAACAACUUGAUUGGGGUGCAUCACAACUGUUCGCCAUGCUUAGGGAGUAUAAGAAACUGUUGUCUGUUCAUGUCUACACUAGAAUCUAAAGCUCUCAAUGACCUGUGAUGGAAAGAGUUCUGACACUUUGUUUUUUUAUUUUUAUUUUUUUUAACAGCUGUUGUUUUAGAAAUCUGCAUUCCCAAAAUAUCAGUGAUUUUUUUUUCACGGACACUAUCAAUAUUUUUUAUGCUUCUGAACCAUUCACAAAUUAUAAAUAUGUUCUAUUUUAGUUAAGUAGUAUUUACAUAAUCUAUUCGCCAGAAAGGAGAAUCUUGCCCCUGUUUAGCUUCCUCAAGUUAUUCCUGCAUAUGAUGUUCCCAUUUAUGUUUUUCUCUAUGGAUUGUAGGAUGAUGUCUGCCGGUCCUGCCUUUACCUUUGUUGUUUUUGGUGUGAAGACGAUGCUGUACAUUGCCCUUUGUGCAGUAGCUGCAUGUCCCAAUUCCCCGAGUCUCUCCUAAAGCUUUUGUUAUUCUGUGUAAAGCUACUGGUGGAUUCAUCUUGCUUCUGCCUUAUGGUAAGCCCACAGUUGAAAUACAAAAAAAAACAAAAAAGAAAACGUGGGCCUACGAGAAUCAACAAUAGAUA